CCGCACAUGGUUGUCUCAUUAUCGUCAGCACACUCGUGGCUAUGAGCAUUAAGCAGUACCUUAAAAUAUAGCUGUUGCCAAGGCACUAUCUUCCCAAGAUCGUGCCAACAGUCACUCUACCAAUAUGCGUCCUACUAUCGUCUUCUCAUUCUCGAGCUUUGCUACACUCGCCCUUGGCGAAUCUCACUACUUUAUCUCUAGCUUUCUCGCAGAGUCGGCAAUAGUCGGGGUAGAAUUCGACGAUGCGACCUCCUUUCUGAGCUUGGUGAAUAACAUCAUGGCCCAGGCGACUUCAGGAUCCAAAAGCUUGAGUCUUGUAGGCGCAGUAACUCUAUCUUCUGAUCGCCAGAACGCCAACUACCCUACAGCUGCAUCAGCAUCACCCUACACUAUCAUUGCCGUAGCAUAUAGCACCGAAUGUCCAGCACAAGCCAUCUCCAUUGGCGACUUGGGUAGUUUAGAUUUUGUAGGAGAACAACAAGAAGGAAGGAAAUGA